UCCAUUUUCCAGCGGAUCCGGCACCUGGAGGCGGCGGCGGGAGCGGCCCGCGCCCCGCACCCGGCCCCAUCCCGGGCAUGGCCGCCAACAUGUACCGGGUCGGAGAUUAUGUUUACUUCGAAAAUUCUUCAAGUAACCCAUAUUUGAUACGAAGGAUAGAAGAGCUCAAUAAGACUGCCAAUGGAAACGUGGAAGCAAAGGUGGUGUGUUUCUACAGAAGAAGAGACAUAUCAAGUACACUUAUUGUGUUGGCAGACAAACAUGCAAGAGAAAUGGAAGAAGAGAUGGAAAAUCCAGAAAUGGUUGAUUUACCAGAGAAACAGAAGCAUCAGCUACGACAUCGUGAAUUGUUUCUCUCACGACAGCUGGAAUCUCUGCCAGCCACACACAUUAGAGGCAAAUGCAGUGUGACUCUGUUAAAUGAGACAGAAUCCCUUAAAUCGUACCUGGAACGGGAGGACUUCUUCUUUUAUUCACUAGUAUAUGAUCCUCAACAAAAGACCCUACUUGCUGAUAAAGGAGAGAUUCGAGUCGGAAACAGAUACCAGGCAGAUAUAACAGACUUACUAAAAGAGGGUGAGGAUGAUGGAAGAGAUCAGUCAAAACUUGAAACAAAAGUUUGGGAAGCCUUUAACCCACUAGUAGACAAGCAGAUAGACCAAUUCCUGGUGGUAGCACGGUCUGUUGGUACAUUUGCCCGAGCACUAGAUUGCAGUAGUUCUGUCAGACAACCAAGUUUGCACAUGAGUGCUGCAGCAGCCUCUAGGGACAUCACGCUGUUCCACGCUAUGGACACUUUGCACAAAAAUGCCUAUGACAUUUCCAAGGCAAUCUCUGCGCUCGUGCCACAAGGUGGGCCAGUCCUGUGCAGAGAUGAGAUGGAGGAGUGGUCUGCUUCAGAGGCAAAUCUCUUUGAGGAAGCACUAGAAAAAUAUGGAAAAGAUUUCACUGACAUUCAGCAAGAUUUUCUCCCAUGGAAGUCCUUAACAAGCAUAAUAGAAUAUUACUAUAUGUGGAAAACUACAGACAGAUACGUUCAGCAGAAACGAUUGAAAGCAGCAGAAGCAGAAAGCAAGCUAAAACAAGUGUAUAUACCCAACUAUAACAAGCCAAACCCCAACCAGAUCAAUGUAAAUAAUGUCAAACCAGGAGUGGUAAAUGGUACUGGAGUACAGGCACAGAACGCGGCAGCAGGACGGGCCUGUGAAAGCUGUUACACCACACAGUCUUACCAGUGGUAUUCUUGGGGUCCCCCUAACAUGCAGUGUCGCCUCUGUGCAUCCUGUUGGACCUACUGGAAGAAAUACGGUGGCUUGAAAAUGCCAACACGGUUAGAUGGGGAGAGACCAGGACCAAACCGCAAUAAUUUGAGUCCUCAUGGUGUGCCAGUCCGGAACAGUGGGAGUCCCAAGUUUGCUAUGAAGACACGACAGGCUUUCUAUCUCCAUACAACAAAACUGACAAGAAUUGCCAGACGUUUAUGCCGAGACAUCCUGCGCCCCUGGCACGCUGCCAGACACCCCUACCUGCCCAUUAACAGCGCAGCAAUCAAAGCAGAGUGCACAGCACGUUUACCUGAGGCAUCAGAAAACCCAUUGCUAUUAAAGCAGGUGGUUCGAAAGCCUUUAGAAGCAGUGCUCCGGUAUUUAGAGUCUCAUCCGUGUCCUCCGAAACCAGAUCCUGCAAAGAGCUUGUCCAGUUCUCUCAACAAUCUGACUCCUGCUAAGUUUACACCUGUCAUUAAUAAUGGGUCCCCAACUAUCCUGGGAAAAAGAAGUUAUGAACAACACAAUGGAAUGGAUGGCAACAUGAAGAAGCGCCUGUUGAUGCCUAGCAGGGGAACUUACUUAGGUAAGUAAAUUGCAAUUUUAACAUUGUUUUUGUGUACAACAGAAUUUAAUAAAAUGUUAGUGUAGGUCGUGUUUGAUACAAUUUAAGCUUUGUUCUGCUUGUUGCACUUCAAUUCCUUAGAGUUUCUAGCCUUUGUUAGGAGGUGGACACUCAAUCUGCUCACAGCAGUAACACACUCUUGGCUGUUUAAAAAAGAGAAGGGUACUGAAGCCUUCCUGUUUACAAAGACUAUGUGUGUAUAUGUCAACUCACAGAGACUACUUCAAGUGAACCAGUAACUUGGAAGUGAAAUUCUUGUUCAUCAAGCCUCAUUCAUGCAUGAAUUCUUACACUUUUUUUUUAGCUUGCUCACAAAUGUGGUACUCUUGAUGUUUUUGUUACUGCUGGGAAGGAUGGAAUCCUAGGAGGAGAAUUACUCUAGGAAAAGGAAAAUACACAUGAAGAUUGUAUGGGUUUUUUAAAGCAGUGUCUCUUAGUGUUGUAAGCUUGCUGGCUGUGAAAGUGUGUGAAGAUCUCUGCAUUCAUUGUGACUCAAGACAUGCUUAUGAAUCUUAGUGUAUGUUGCAUGUUCUGCAUGAUACUUCUUCAGUAAACGGAAGUUAAAAACAAAACACCAUCUGGGACUAAUUGCUUGGUUAAACCUGAUUGGUUUAGGAGGGAAAAAAAACAUUUAUUAUGUUAACAUGAGAUGAAGAUACCACGUUUUUGUGUGUGAUGGAUAUGCUGAAGAUUUGAGUUAGUAAUUUCUAGGAAAUACAAGUUUAAAACUCCAAGUUAUGUCAGGUGGCUGGAGGCUGGGCUACUCAUUUUUCUUGGUGCUGGGGGCAGCUCUUUAAACACUUCUUGUGCCAAACUAUGAAAUUAUCUGUAAAUACACAGGCAACAGUGUUUCUGUUCAGGCAAGUACUGGAAGAUUUCUACCCAAGUAGAAAAGUGGCCAUGGCUGGUGCUUAUCCUCCAGCUUGUUGGUGCUUGCUUGUAGUAACUUCCUGAAAAUAUCCCUGCACACGAGUGUCUAUUGGGCACGCUGCUGAGGGUUUAGGCUCUCCAGCUUUUUUGUAUGGCUGGUUUGUAUUGUGUGGAGUUGGCAGAAACCCACAACAAAACAGGUUAAAUUUGAGUGGUGGGAGUAAUUUUUGAAUGCUAAUUCAGAUGCUGAGGAUCUCUUGCUGGACUCGAAGGGCAUGGGACUGGAUUAGCAAAGAGCAUGCACAUCUGCCCUCAGGCUUCCAGUGAGACCAGAUGUACGGGUUUGCUUCCCACUGGAAAAUCAGACUCCCCCAUUCCACUCUGUGUUGGCUGGUGCCAACUAUUUCUUACUCCCACAGCGUGCUCUUGGGAGCUCUAGUUGCUGCAGGAAGUUAAAGGUUGAGUAUUCUCUCUUUUUUUUUUUAAAUAAAACUGAAAGCGAUAGAUCCAAGUGAAGUGAGGUGGUUACAUGAGAAGAAACAGGUUGGCUGGGUGAGAGGUGGUUCCCCCACAUCCCCAAAAGACAAAGCCAAGCUACAAAGUAACAGACUUUAUUUGCUGUUUGUGAUAGUCCUUCCCCACCUGUGUUUUUUUUGGGUGAACGUAUAUGAACAUAUCUAGUGUGCAGCUUUGAUACUUCAAGAAUGAAAGGGUCAUUAGGGCAUAGUAACCUGCUGUGACUGGUUUUGAGCCAAAAUCUCAGUAAUAGUGCUUGUGCUUGAGGAACAGCUCUGAGAUCUUUGUCACUAAGCUGUGCUGAGUGGAGGUGUGCUUUGAGGGCGUCGGUCUCCGUACUGGGAUUAGUUGUUUUAUUGCCAUUUCACUAACAAGGUGGAAUUGUUUGUGGCAAAGGUCAUCUAUGCUUAUCUGCAGGUAAAACCUCAACUGACCUAGUCUUGGCACUUCUCUUUAUUUCAGUGUGUAGAGGAGAGUUUGGUAGAAGGUAUUGAGUGGGAGGACAUUUUCUAGGGCUCUGGGAUGUUUUUCAGUGCUAUGGAAAAAAAAAUAAUUGAGUUUUCAGAGUAUAUUUCAAUUUCUUUGGCUGGGAUAGAGUGGAAGGUCUGCUUAGAUUCAUCUUUAUAGACCUUUACACUUUGUGGUUUUAGAGGUUUGGUCAUCUUUUUUGUUGGAGUUUUUUUGGCCUUAUUUGGAUGAGUUUAGUGUUGUUUCUAUGUACAUGGAGCUAUUUAAAUUCAAGCAGUUGGACCUUGGAUGUCAUUGGAGGGAAUAUUCACACUUUCUACCUUGUGGCUUCUCUAGACAUUCCUCCAUGAAAUUAAGUUAAAUACAAGGUUGUUGUUUUUUUUUCCUGUAGAGGAGCUGCCAGAACCCUGUUGGAUUUUGCUUCUGGUUUAUAUUCAAAUGCUGUCCUGCUUUCAUAAAGUGCUAGUGGAUGCAAGUGUGAGAGAAGUCUCUCUCAGACCUUAGAUCUGUGAAAAUGGAGCAAGCACCUCAGGGAGGACCAAGUUCCAUGUGGUCAGUUAGCUGUCUCUACCACUCCUCACCCAGAGACAGAGGAUUGGGUUAGUUCUUAGGGCUGCCUGUCUUGCAGACCUCAUCUCUUGCACACAAGCCACCAAAAACUUGAGGGUGAGAAUCCACUGUUCUCUGUACAGAUGGAUGAUGUUGACUUGACAGCUGUUCUGCUGGGGGUUACAGAUGUUACACUGUCUCUCUGCAUCUCUUUGGCCACAGCGGGUCAAAGUUGCACAUUUAGUAGCAGUGCUUCAGCUGCAUAUGUUUUCAGUGUGUUUUUAAUUGCAAAUCAAGGUAGUCUAUUUAGUGUCUGGUUUGGUAUUUAUUCUUUCAAACUCCAGUUAUCAAAGUGUGACUAAAGGGAAAAUUCACAGGUAACUAAAAUUGAUAUGCUAAUUGAUAACCUUAUUAUUGUGAUAGCAAGAGAAUAAAUUGUACUGAAAUUGUACCUUUGUGUCCUAUUUUACUGGAGCAAAAAGUUGCAUUGGCAUCUUUGUCCUAGAAGUUACAGCUUAGGGGUGAGAUGUGUCCCUGUUGUAAUCACUGGUUCUUUUGCUUUUUGAGGGCUCUGAAGUUUUGGGGCUCAGAGUAGGUAGUUCUGCUCAGCCUUCACUCAAGUUUUUGUCAGCCUCAACAUCUCUUCUCACUGUAGAAUAUUCUGGGUUAGUUCUGGUGCUCAGGACUAGCAAGCACUCUUUGUUGUUUGUUGUAUAGCCAGCAAUAGUCUUUGCAGCAGCCAUAAUCAACUGCUUCUGCAGGCCAGUCUUUUCUGGCAUCAAGAAUGUUCUUCACACAAGAAAAGAGCUGAUCUGGAGUGUGGAUCAAAUGAAAUGUGUGGCUUCAAUCCAGGGAUUAGCGUCAGUUGAUUUACAUCUCUCCGAACUCCUGUGAAUGGAGAAAAUAAUAUCUUUCUGUUACAGAAAGAGGAAGAAAAGACAAGUGCUAGAGCUUAGCUCUGAAGCCACCAGAUUCAGGUUGCAUCCUGCUGGCUGUGCUGUUUCUCAGCAUCCGUGGAGCUCUUUGUCCAUCCAUCUCAAACAGCUGCUCACAGCUGUGUUUUGGAUAUGAUUGCUGCUCCCCUGAAAAAGGGGUGAUUAUCUGGCGCCUACGUUGCCUUUGUGAGCGUCCAAAGGUUGUUACUGGUCUUCUUGCUUGGAGCCUAGUACAUCUGUCCCACAUAUUUGAUGGGAAUCUUCCUGGCAGCCAUUUCUUAAUCUCUGUGGAGAUUUAGGCACAAAAAUGCUGCAAAAAUUGAAACUAUGUGUCUUCAUGUUUGAAGCAGCUAACAGCAUACACCUACGCAGAAUGGAAAAUACACUUGGUAGAAGCUGUUGAUUUUAAUGUGCUGGCAUGAUACUCAGGGCUCAGAAAUUGUCCCCAUUUUGCCUUCUUCCCUCCUAAUACUUUGCUGUGCCAUGUAUUUCCUGGCAUAUCUGUGAGUACCUUGUGUUUGGUUUUACCAAGGAGAAUCUCAAGGAAUCUUUUGGGAGUUACAGAGCUGUAAAAGUCCAUUCUUGCAGGAUUCUCGAUAAGUUUUGCUGUUUCAUCCCAGCUUGACUCACUGGCAAUGGGAAGUUUCAAAAGUCAAGCUGGGAAGCUUUCUAUAAAUAUGGAAGCAGAAUUCAUACUGAUGAUUCUGUAGCCAGCAACAGCAUUUGCUGAUGCCUGCCCUGUUGGAUUUGGUACCUGUUGGAUUUGAUGUACUGAUGUUUUGGUUCUCAGCCAAGAGGAGCUGAGAAGGAUGGUUUGGUGCACUGAUGUUAAUGGAACGGUGGUUUCUGGGAGCAUGCAUCUUAGAAAACUCAAAGGUGCUAACAAAAAGGUUUAUUAGGUCUCCCAGUCCAUUCUGUGCUGGAUCUUGCUGCCUUGUGGGAGCAUGUCAUUCUCUUGCAUCGUAAGGCCUUUGUGUCCUGCAAGGUCUCAUACAUGUAAAGUACAGUUCAGUACCCAUGCUGUGGCAGCAUGGUGGGGUAUCCAAUAGUAUAGAAAUAAGCUAGUAGAAUCGAGCUAUUGUGCUCAGUGCUUUAGAGUGCUGUUUGUGUUACUGGAGAGGGGCUUUGUGUGAUAGCUGGAGUCACUGUGCUCUGUGACUGAUGGAGCUGCACCUAUGGAAGCAUCAACUUGUGGUAGGUUCUGCAGGUACAGUGUUUGCUAGCAGCUUGUAACUAAUGUUGGAGCUGAAGAGUUCCCUGGAGAUCCAAGGAUGAAAGGAAAGAUUUUAUUUGUUUCUGUCUCAAUAGUAUAUAAUACCUUCCACAUGCUCCUUCUUGAUGUCAGUAAAUUCCUCCAAAACAGCAGGUUUUUCCCAAGCCUUGAGGAAAACCUCAGAUCUGAAUGAGGAGUUUUACUUUUAGCAGUAGGUUGAAGAAAAGUGUGAGUAAAUGGAGAACAGACUGAGCAAACAGGACGUGUUUUAAACAUGUGGACUCUGCUCUUCAACUCACGUUGUGAAGGAAGCUCUUUUCUCAGCUACCUUUCAAGGAGGGGAGAAGUUAGUUUGGUAGACAACUCUUGUUUUAGCAAAACAACACAGUUGCAAUCAUAGCUGCGUGUGUUUUGACUUUGUACUUUUUUUCUGUCUUGGAAAAGCAAUGGUCUUACCAGCUCUAUUCUCUUUCCUGUUUGUUAGGUCUGCCUAACCACGGACAAACCAGACA